AUGAAGGAACAUGCUGCCAACGGGCUGUUCAGCAAUGGGAAGGAGCUGCAUCGUGUGUACUUGGGGCUGCCGUUCAUCGACGGCCCGCUGUCGUGGUCAGUCAGCUUCUGGGAUCCAGUCUUGCAUCAGUCGGAGCCCGUUCUGCUCCUGUCCACCACGCUGAGUGCGUCGCUGCAGUCGCUCGGCGUCUUCACCAUGGUGGAGAGUCUGAGAAAAGGAAAACGUAAUGUGAUGCUUCGGUGGUCGCCUGUCAACGUCUUUGCUUGGCAGUAUAUUGGGGCUGCAAUCUUCAUCCCCCUUUACUUCAUGGUCGAACUCGAGAGCCACUAUUUUCCGGACAAGGCUUCAGAUCCAGAAGUACCUCCUCUCCACGCCAAAGCACUGCUCCCAGCGUCGAUAGUCACCAUCAUACAUUUGUACAGAAUGGUGUACUUCCCGCCCCAAGGCACGACAACAGCUCAGCACCAGGCAUGGAUCGCCGUGUGGCAGCUCGCCCCGCUAUGGUGCUACUGCGUGCUCACUGCCAUCUCGACAUAUCUGUCGCCCAAAGACGAGACUGCGCCGUCCCAUGAACGAGACGCGGAUCUGCGGUGGAUCAAGGCUACCUACGCUGUGUUUGGACUUUUUUCCGGUGUCAUGCAUGUGUCGGCCAUGUAUCAACUGUGCACGUCGCAAGAUCCCUCAGCUUCGCUGGCGGAGGCUUUCAUGCCUCGGCUCAGCAGUCUAUGGCAGCCAGACACAGCGUCGUCAGUCUUUAUAGCCGAGUCUACUUUCUUUCUACAAUGGGACUACAUUGUGAUCGUGGUUGCAGGGGGCAUCUACGUUGCCGAGAUUCUCGGCAAUGUGUAUGGCCUGAAUUAUGGGUUUUUUGGUGGAGUAGUGUUGACGCUGGCUGCAUGCGUGGCGAGUCACUUUUUGAGUCUUGGGCUUGUUUGGGCGGUGGUGUUGUUUUUGAGAGAAGACUCUCUUCGUGCGAGAUUCAGGGCGAGCAUCAAGAGCGAGGGCAGUGGAAAAAAGUGA